UGUGCCGUCAGAUGCCAGGUCCUGCUAGGUGGCGGUGUAGCUAGGUUUUUCUGCAAAGCACCGCUGUCUGUAAACAGUCGAAGAAGACAAAAUGGCAGCCACCAUGAAGGGACCUGUAGCUGUUGAGGAUGUGAAUGUCACUUUUGAAGACCAGCAGAAGAUCAAUAAGUUCGCCAGGAACACGAGUCGGAUGACGGAGUUAAAGAAUGAGAUAGAAGCCAAGAAAAAAUUACUGCAGAACCUCCAGGAUGCCAGUGAUGACCUGAUGAUGUCAGACGACGACUCUCUAUUGAUUCCUUAUCAAAUUGGCGAUGUCUUUAUCAGUCACACCCAGGAGGAAACACAAGAGAUGUUAGAGGCUGCCAAGGAAACACUGGAGCAGGAGGUCAAAGGCCUUGAGGAGCGAGUGUCAGCGAUACAGCAAGUGUUGGGUGAUCUGAAGGUCCAGCUCUAUGCCAAGUUUGGUAACAACAUUAACUUGGAGGCAGAUGAAAGCUGAGCAGAGAAAUGGACUUUGACAGCUGCUCCACCAUGGACGUUUACAUGCAGCUCUUGUAUCAGAUCCACAGGAUGUUUGCCAAACAGAAGAGCAACAUGAAUGGUGUAUGUUUGUAGCUUCUGGUCGCUGUCUUCAGUUCAGUUCUGGAAAACAAAUUCACAACGACAACAAAGGUAAAGAUUAUUGGAUUAAAUAAAUGCACAUCAUUUCUAGUGUAUUCUACGUGGCCCCUUAUGUAAUGGUCAUGUGUUGUUUUUUUUGUUUUUUUUUACUCUGUUGAUCAAACUGAAGUAAAAAAGAGUAACAAAAACACUGUGUAAUGCUUUAACUUCUAGCAAGUUUAACAGUCUGAAACACUGCAGAGGAACGUGUUUGAUUUGAAAUCUCACUUUGAUUUACUAAACUAAAAGCAGGACAAAAAUGAUCAACAUAUCCCCCCAACACAUAAGUGUACUUUGGAAUUAACAACUGAAAUGUAAGACCUGAAAAAAAAAACUUUUUUUUAAGACCCGUCUUUUACAAAAACAACAGAAAGCUGAAAUGUUUGCAGCCAACAAAUCUGUCAGAAUUGCAAUCACACACCGAGCUAACAUGCAUGCAAAUUGAGGUAUCUUUGCUUAAUCUGUGUCCAUACACUCUGAUUGGUUCCAGUUUAGAGAAACGGAUAAACGAAGAAGAAAUCAGCCGUGAAAUCCACAUAACUCACUGGAAUUCAGAAAGAGGUGGUAUAAUUAGAAAAGGGAGAGAAAUGUGGACUUUUUCAAGACUGUCUGACCAAAUGUGGGGGAUACACAGCUUUGACUGAGUGUAUGAAUAUGUGUGCUACAAAGAGUUGUCAUUAAAUUAGGAAUUCAUUUUUCAGCAUUUGUUUUAAUUCUCAUAGACACAAUCUAAACAUUACACUUUCUGAAUUUACUUCGUAUUGAUUACUGCCUCCAUGCAUGUGAUUUAGCUAGCUAUAAUAAAUGCUGUGGUCUUUUGUAAGUA